GGUGGGAAGGGGGUGCCCCCCCACCCAGGGGUGCUGCCUGCCGUCGCGCCAUCCGCGCGCCCCCCCUCUCUCCGCGCCAGCCGAAGCUCUCCAUGCCCGCGCACGACUGAUCCGGCGCGCCUCGGAGCCGGGGGAGGGGGAGGCUGGACGGAGACCCCCCGCAGCGCCACCUUUCUCCGCCGCUGCCGCCGCCCCCCCCGAGCCAAGCCGGCCCUGCAGGACCUUGGACAGAAGACGCGCCGUCGAGCGAGGGAGCGCGCACUGCGGUCUGAACUGAAUCUGUAAGGCUGCGGCAUAGGGGUGCUUGAAGCAGAGACCGCUGCCCGUGCCCAGCCAGCAACACCAAAGGUGGCAGGCUGACGCCCAGGCCCCCUGUUCCGUUCGCCUCCCUCCCUCCUCUGCUACUUGCGCCAUGGGUACCGUCUUGUCCCUUUCCCCCAGUUACCGGAAGGCGACCCUCUUUGAGGAUGGCUCGUCCACGGUGGGCCAUUACACGGCCGUGCAGAACAGCAAGAACGCCAAAGACAAGAGUCUCAAGCGUCACUCCAUCAUCUCGGUGCUGCCUUGGAAGCGGAUCGUGGCCGUGUCGGCCAAGAAGAAGAACUCCAAGAAGGUCCAGCCCAACAGCAGCUACCAGAACAAUGUCACGCACCUCAACAACGAGAACCUGAAGAAGUCCCUCUCCUGUGCCAACCUCUCCACUUUCGCCCAGAACCAGGGCACCCAACCGCCGGCGCCCAACAACCAGAUUUCCACCUCCAAGAGCAACCUGUCCUCCGUCAAGAAGACCCCCCACCCCAACAGCAACUCCACCGGCACCCCCAAGAGGGUCAUUGUCCAAGCUUCGACCAGCGAGCUGCUUCGGUGCCUGGGCGAGUUCCUCUGCCGGCGAUGCUACCGCCUGAAGCACCUAUCGCCCACCGACCCGGUCCUGUGGCUUCGGAGCGUUGACCGGUCCCUGCUCCUGCAAGGCUGGCAAGACCAAGGCUUCAUCACCCCGGCCAACGUGGUGUUCCUGUACAUGCUUUGCCGGGACGUCAUCUCUUCCGAAGUGGCCACGGACCAUGAACUCCAAGCCGUCUUGCUCACCUGCCUCUAUCUCUCCUAUUCCUACAUGGGCAACGAGAUCUCCUACCCUCUCAAGCCCUUCCUGGUGGAGAGCUGCAAGGAGGCCUUUUGGGAUCGCUGCCUGUCCAUUAUUAACCUCAUGAGUCCCAAAAUGUUGCAGAUCAACGCCGACCCGCACUAUUUCACUCAGGUCUUUGCCGACCUGAAGAACGAGAGCAGCCAGGAAGAGAAGAACAGGCUGCUCAUCGGCCUGGACCGGUGAGCUUUCGGGCUCCCUUGCCACUGGGAUGAGGGGGGAACAUUUUUUCCUUCUUUUUAUGUUGUUUUUGUUUUCGAAACAAACCGGGACACAAAAGGUGGGCAUGGGCAAGGCUGAGAGAGGACACUUGAGCCUCCGUUCUUCGGCUUGGCUUUUUGGGAUCCAAAAAACAGACACAUUAAGGGAAGGAGAAAUGGUGACGUCGGGCCUUGCCUGCCUGGUUUUCUGUGGCUUCCUCUCGCCCUCAAUGUCAACAAGGAGGGGGCGAGCAGGUGGGGCUUGGAGCCAAGCGCAAUGCUGGCAAGACCACGGCAUCCCUUCGCCUCUUGGCUUUUGCCUCAGAGAUCCUCAGCCGGGGAGGGGAGAUCCGUCUUGUACUUCUUAAUUCCUCGCCGCGGAUUGCAGAGGUGGCGAAACAGCAUUUACUGUCCUCCAGACAAAAGCGGGAGCCAACCCAGCGCAUGUUGCCGAGCCUGGCGUUCUGGAAAAGGGAUCAAAGGACGGGAUCCGCCUCCUCUUUUUCUUUCCACCAUCUUGCGCACUCGCCUGAGCGAAAUGACACCAAAACAGUAUUGGCCUCCGGAAAGGGACCCUUAUUGCAUGGAAACACGUGGCUACACCCUAGCAGAAGUGGGGAAGGAAAAGGCAGGCAUAUUGCAGGCCCUUUGGGAUGUCUCCCCUCUCGCCGCCUUUCCCUGGGGGAGGCAGCCCCUUUGGUUUACAUCCGUGCCAAAGGGCAAAGGUGAGAUUUGGGGGGUCAUUUCCUGUGACAGUACCCAAGGGGGGAAAAAAGUCAAGGUAGCCAAUAUGGAAUGGGUGGUUGAGAUGGAAUGGGCACUCACCUAGUAUUAAUUUUGCUGGCAAGUUAUUUAGGUGGACGUUUGAUACAUUUUGAGUUUUAUUUUUUAUUGCACAGUAUAUAAACUGGCUGCUUCAGAUCAGAGUGAUUAUGAUUCUGUUGAGGCCUUCUGAGCAGCUGGGAUAAUGGUCCCUUUUCAAGAUAAACCUUUCAGGAAAAUGUAAGGCUGGUGCCAGUCGCUUUGUUGUCCAGAUGAUUCGGUGCUGAAACCCCGAUAUACAGCUGAUAUUCUUUGUUACAGAUUCCUCCCUCCCCAUCCUGAAAUGGAAAAUUCCUUGGCAUUUAUUUAGCCAGCCAACCAUCUUAAUAUUUUAUGAGGGGUGGGGGGGAGGGAACGUACCAAGCGGGGGAAGAAUGAUGACUAUGUAAUAAUAAAGAGAUCCAUAGCAAACACUACAAUUUCAGGAACAGAUUGUGACUAAAGAAGCUUGGGAAUAUAAAACUGAAGCAUAUACAGAAUAGACACACAUUUAGUAUAUUCUGAGAUUUAUAUUGCUUUUUUAGUCUCUAAAAAAAAGCAUGCUAGCUCCUAAUAUUUUUUCAUUAUCCCUUCCCCCCACAUUUCUGGCACUGAAACAUUUGAUGUAGACCUCUAAAAAAAAAAUUAUUCCGGUGCUUAGGAAUUUAAUUUAUUUUGCUUAGCCCUCUGGUUCUCAAAAAGGAAGAGGUUAAAAAAUCUUUCUGAUCAGCAAGCUUCAGGGAUGGUAGAUGUAUAUAGAGAAGAGCAGGGGGUGGGGGUGGGGGUGGUUGGGGAGGGAGGGAGGGAGUGAAGCAACACCGAAAUAUACACUGAAUUUUGCUCAGUUAAUGACAUGCCGAAUUAAAUGCCAAUAGUCCCGGGUCUAGGAUUCUGCUGAAGAUGUGAACUUCCUUUACAAUGGAGGUCAUCUUCUCUGUAUUUAAGUUCCCGUGGGACAACAGAGAGGACAAAGACGCUCAAACACUGUCGGGUGUUGAGGUAGCUAUUGGACAAAAGGCCAAGUUCAAAGCGUUCUGGGCUCCAUCUCUGAUCCUGGUGUUAUGGAUGCUGGCAUUCUGGCAGAAGGAAGGCUUGUCUUGUACUUAACGGUUGUUGAAUAGGGUAGCUUGCAAUUAACUUCAAAGCAGCAGAGCACUAUUUAAAUUAAAAAAUAAUAAUAAUGUAAGAGGAACAGGAAAAAAAAAGCUGUGAAAUUUCAAAAGGAAAAAAAAAAGGUCUGAGCUGAGAGGCUUUGAGGUAGACAGGAGCUGAGAUUUUGUGAAUAUGAAACGGCUGCUGGGUUUGCUAAGCAGGUCCUGCCAUCGCCUCCAAAAGCUAGGCCGAAAUCUGAGCCAUUCAGAAGCGAGACACUGACUGUUAAGCGUAUGUUUUGGGUUCAUAGCGGGAAGGAGAGCCUUAGAGUCGCGAGGGAGGGCUUUGGGUCCUUUGCAGUGAAUGGGGAAUCGGGGGUGUACAGAUCUCCAUUGCAUGACCAUUUUUGCUGCUCUAAAAUGGAUGGCACAUAUUUCAUUUCAGUCUCCCCUCAUCAUCAACUUGGGCGUUCCUUGCUCAGCUUCUUCGCUGGCACCUGGAACACCUUGAAGACUAAAUUCUAGCCUGUCUCUGGAUAAGUAAUUCUCCUAAACACCCCCCCCUUCUCCAUAUGCUUUCCUUCUUUUCUUUUCAAUAUAAAAGGGAAAUUAUAGUUCUUUAAUCAACGUGGUUCUGGAAGGUUGCGGCUGCAGUCCUAUGCAUGCUUACCUGGGAGAAAGCCCCAGUGAACAAAGCAAGGCUUACUCCAAAGUAAGCAAACCAUGGGUUGCAUUGCAGAGGGAGCUAACAGCCGUAUGUGCAUCCCUUGGUGCGAAAACCCGUCUUGUUCUUUUUGGGAGUCCUGGAUCCACUGUAUUUAUUGGGAUUUUUGUAACAGCAAACAAAAGAUCAACUGAUAUACUUGAGUACAUAAGAGCAAUGAAUGGGGUUUUAACGUGCUGCUAUACAAAGCGAAUACUUUUUAGAACAAAAUCUAUGCUAAUAAAUACAAAGGGGUAUGGGUGGGAGGGAAAAAGGUCUUUCUUUUGUUCUUUCACCAUUGCUUUCCAGUGACGUUUUUGCAUGCCAAAAGCAUCUUUUGACAAAAGGCAAAACCUUAGAACAGCUGAUUGUAAAAACAAAGAAGCAAAAUAAAUCGCUGUGCACAAAUUUCAAGCACAUCACCCCCCCCUUCCUCCCCACCGCUGUCUAAACAGGCCCUCCUACCCUUAGGUCAUUCAAAUCGAUAUAUUUUCAUCUCGAGACUUCUAGACCUUUUCUAAUCUUAACUGUACAGUACACAGUUCUUAAGAGUUCAGCUGUGUUCUAAACCGUUGUUACUUCUUCUUUCUUUUUCAAAAGGAAAAAAAAAACCUGAAAGAAAAAAAUGUGCCAUUUUUUUCACUUGAAAUUCUGCAUACCUGUACAUUUUAUGUGUGGGGUGGGUUGGGGAGGGGAGAAGAGGAGGAAAAAAACAGAAAACCUGCUAAAUUCUACAUGUAUGUGUAUGUUAAGGUUUUUGGGGUUUUGUUUUUUUUAGUGUGCAAUCUCUUCUGUAGAUAUUUGUUGACCAAAAUUGGUAUUAUUAUUAUGAUUAUUGCUUAUUAUUACUUAAAUUAAUUUAUAAAUUGUCCUUUUUGUAUGUAUGUGUAUUAUAGUGAGUUUGUAAGUAUGUGAGGUUUAUAAAUAUGACAAGACUGUCACAGAGCUGUGUGUGCCUGUAACUUAACGCCCCCCCUUAUUUUUAUUUAUUUUUGUACUGUGCUGAUUAAAAAUAAA